CCUAGAAGAGAGAAUAGCUACAGAUUCUCCAUCCUCAGUCUCUGCAAAGGGACGGCUGUGCCAGCCGUGCUCAGGCAGGCUCCUGGCAGCAUGGCAGAGAAGCUCGGGGCGCUCCUGCUGGCCCUUGUUCUCAGCCUGGCACAGCCAGCCCCGGCCCGCCGGAAGCUCCUGGUGUUUCUGCUGGAUGGUUUUCGCUCUGACUACAUCAGUGAUGAGGUCCUGGAGUCCUUGCCUGGUUUCAGGGAGAUUGUGAGCAGGGGGGUGAAAGCGGAUUACUUGACCCCAGACUUUCCCAGUCUCUCGUACCCCAAUUACUACAGCCUAAUGACUGGUCGCCAUUGUGAGGUCCAUCAGAUGAUCGGGAACUACAUGUGGGACCCCGCCACCAACAAGUCAUUUGACAUAGGAGUCAACAGAGACAGCCUGAUGCCUCUCUGGUGGAAUGGAUCAGAACCUCUGUGGAUCACUCUGACCAAGGCCAAAAGGAAGGUCUACAUGUACUACUGGCCAGGCUGUGAGGUUGAGAUUCUUGGUGUCAGACCUACUUACUGCCUAGAAUAUAAAAAUGUCCCAACGGAUAUCAAUUUUGCCAAUGCAGUCAGCGAUGCUCUUGACUUCUUCAAGAGCGGCCAGGCGGACCUGGUGGCCAUCUACUACGAGCGCAUCGAUGUGGAAGGCCACCACUAUGGGCCCUCGUCGCCACAGAGGAAAGAAGCCCUGAGGGCCGUGGACACCGUCCUGAAGUACAUGACCACGUGGAUCCAGGAGCGCGAGCUGCAGGACGACCUCAACGUCAUCAUCUUCUCAGAUCACGGGAUGACUGACAUUUUCUGGAUGGACAAAGUGAUUGAGCUGGAUAAGUACAUCAGCCUCCAUGACCUGCAGCAGGUGAAGGACCGAGGGCCGGUUGUGAGCCUGUGGCCGGCGCCCGGGAAGCAUUCUGAGAUAUAUAACAAAUUGAGAACAGUGGAGCACAUGACUGUCUACAAGAAGGAGGCCAUCCCGAGCAGGUUCUACUACAAGAAGGGGAAAUUUGUCUCUCCUUUGACCUUAGUGGCCGAUGAAGGAUGGUUCAUAACUGAGAAUCGAGAGACGCUUCCAUUCUGGAUGAACAGCACUGACAAGAGGCAAGGCUGGCAGCGCGGAUGGCACGGAUACGACAACGAGCUCAGGGACAUGCGGGGCAUCUUCCUGGCCUUCGGACCCGAACACCACGUUCCAGUUGCUAUGGGCAAUGCAUGGAGAGAAUUUCAGAGAAAACAGGAGUAACACCUGUUACUGAAAGACGGCAUCAGCUCUAGAGCAGAGGAGCUGGUGUCGGGAGUCUCGCCCACUGCCUCCUCUGGGACCUUCCUCUUGGCCAUUUGACGUCUCCAUGCCUGUCGGCUCUUUGCCUGGCCUGUGGGAUUAUGUGGCAGCAACAGCAAGGCUGGUCACAUUACUCACCUGGUUAAAAAACCACCCUUGUCUCUCUUUCCUGUGUAAUUAAAUUCCAAAUUCUGCUUCCCAUCCUUUUCUACAGUUUGACUUCCCCCUGCGUCUCUCAAUGCUUCAUCUCAAAUUUCUCAGCUUGGCCCCUGAAUGUGCCAGUGUCAACUCUCUUACAUUGGCCCCAUGUCUGGGAUGGACCUUCCCAUUCUCCAUCUAGCAAACUUUCAUUUGUCCUUCAGAGCCUAGACUCUCUGUAAGGCUUUUGUGCUUUCACAUUCUUUUCUUGUUUCGUUUAUCGCAAAGCAAGUCACAUUGCCUUGUAAUAAUUUGUUGUCAAGUGUUCUCCAACUAGGCUGAAGUUAAGCAGAAUGCCAGGAUUGAAUCUCCUUUUUUGGAGUCUCCAAACCAAAUCUGCAGCACCAACAAAGUCUGCCACAAAAUAGUUGAUAAUUGCCUGAUGAAAUGAAUGAAUUAUGGAAGGAAGGAAGGAAGGAAGGAAGGGAAGAGGUUAGGACACUCUGGUCAGUUCACCUAAAUCUGGACAGAGCUUCUCACAGUAACAAUGGGUUGGAAAAGCCAGAGCUAAGAAACAUUUUGUAGAAAGUAGAAGGAUUUGACAGAUGACUAAUGUGUGACACGGGAUCCAGAGGGCAGGGGUUUCUUUUUCAACAUUUCAGCGGGCCCCCUCUUUAGCCAUGAACACGAGGAAGUGUAGCAGAUGAGAAGAAAGGAAGAAAAGAUAAAUGAGCCCUGUCUUCACCAUGCUUAAUUCGACUUUUCAACAAGAUGCUAACACAAGCCUGUACAUCUCCCUACGGCUUGGAAGAGACAGAAGAAGGGGGUUCAGAGCCUUGGUUGCUAAAGACGUAGCAUGUGGAGAAGGAGGAAGAGUCCCAGUCACCGGCUCCCUCCCUCCCAUGCCUUCUGAGUCUGAUCUGCCUUUGCUACUGAGAAGUGAGGAGUGGAUGACAGGAGGAAGUGGAGAAAAGCCUUCAAAGGGAGGAAAGUGGUGUUUAUGAAAUCCCCUUCCUGGAAGAGCUGUGUUUCCACCCCUGCCCUUCUGCUGCUCAGGAAAGUCUGGCCUCAGUGUGGUGUCAGCAGGACAGGCAGGAGCUGAAUUUCCACCAUAUUCCAGAACCAGGUGGUGUUCAGAAGGACCCCUCCACUCCCACAGUGGCAUCUGGAGGGGAUGGGGGCAGUCUGUCCACUAGAAGCCCUUGAAACUGACCAGUCAGGUCGCAAUGCUGGGACAAGACCCUAAACUGAGGAGACUCUGCCGAAAGUUAAAUCAAAAUCCAGCAAGAUAGGGACAAUAGAGACGAAAGAAAGAGAAGGUCCAGAUAAGCAUGGCAGAAAAAAAGAGAGCCAGGAAUUUCUAGCCAGAAAUGUCAUAUUUUUGAAUACUACAUGAAAACAACAGAAGAAGAUACCGUAUAAAAUCAGAAAGACUAUCCUGCACCACAUCUCCUUCUAAAGUUUAGAAAAAUUAAUUUCAAAUAAAAAUGUAAAAAGUAUUGAAGUCAAAUUCCAUAUUAAGAUACUAUUUUUAAAUGAUAAUAAGGAGCAGAAUAAUAGUCCAACAGUCAGUGAAAUCAUGCCAGAAAGACCUGAUCACAAAGCGGACUGAAACCAUGACUUACUAUUUCAAGAUGAGCCAAAAUACAUUAAGAAAACAAUAUGAAAGAACAACAUAAAUCAAAUUAUAAGAAGGCAGAAAGGGUUGAACUCAAGAACGAAUAAGAUAUAAAAAUAAUUUCAGAAAUAAAAUCUAAGCUAGAUGGACCAGAGAGUUAAUAAUCACAACAGAUAAUGCCUUAGGAGGAAUAUAAGGUAAAAGAGAGGGUUAAAAAAAUCAAAAUUAAGAGAUUAAAAAAAAAGACUCAAGAGAAAGUGACAAAUACUGAAGACAAGUAAAGAACACUGAAUAUACAGUAACACGAAUCCAAGAAGAAGAAAACCAAAGCAAAGGAAUAGAAUAAAUAUUAAAACUGUAAUGCAAGGAAACUUUUUUGAAAUUAAAAAGAGAAAAGUUAACACUAUAUACUGAAAGAAUACUUCACAUAUCUGAGACUGUCAACCAGAACCACUAAUAUCAAACCCACAAAUUACUGGAUUUUAAGACCAAGAAAAAAUCCUUUGGGCAUCUAAGCAAAAAGAGGAAGUGAUUUAUAAUAAAAAUGCCUUUUUCAACACAAUAGGACAGAAGAAAAUGGACUAACAUAUUUGAGAUACUAAUGAAAAGAAAAUGCAAGUCAAGGAUUUUUAUAUCCAGCAAAACUGACUUUCAAGUAUGAAAGGUUCAAAUUGUUAUCAAUAGGAAAGAAUUUAGGAAAUACUGUGCCCACGAGUCUUUUCUGAUGAAUCUAUUAGAGCACAAGCUUCAGACAAUCAAACUGACCAGGGACACAUGGACAUAAGGCCUAGUGAUGAACAUGAAAUAAACAGUUAUUACAGAACAAGGGAGAGAGGGCAGUGUGCAGUGUCUAUGUGCUUUGGCAAUGUAGAUAUGGUAUAACUUUUUAAGUGGAGGGAAGAUAAAUGGGGAGAGACUUUGCAAAAAAAAAAAAUUAACUCUUGUCAGUAGUUUUACUGGUGGUGGGAAUAUCUGUACUCUUGUCCUGAGACUAUUGUGUAAGUAAUGUAAAGCAUGAGAGUUAAUAUGGGAUAUUCUAAUUAUAUCAUUCCUGUGUCAUUGAGAACCAGGAUUUGCAGAGUGGAAGAAAAGAGAUGCAGAUAUAAACUGGAAGAAGGUAAAAAAACUCCUAUGUCCUGAACUUGAAUUAGAAAUAUCAUUGUACAACAUGGGGAAUAUAUCCCAUUUUUAUAAUGACUAUAAAUGCAGUAUAACCUUUAAAAAUUAUGAAUCACUAUAUUGUACACCUGUAACAUAUAAUACUGUACACCAACUAUACUUCAAUUUAAAAAAUUAUAAUUUUCAAAAAGUGAUGUGGAAAGUAAAAAAAAAGAAAUGUCAAUAAAAACUCUUAGAGAUUUUAUCUUUAAAUAUAUAUUUUCUAGCUCUAACUGCUAAAAAGACUUAGAAACAAUUAUAUAUCCAGUAGUAUUCCUAGUAUCCAUGUUGUGAUUUUUUUUUUUUUUUUUUUUUUUUUUUUGUGAUACGCGGGCCUCUCACUGUUGUGGCCUCUCCCGUUGCGGAGCACAGGCUCCGGACGCGCAGGCUCAGCGGCCAUGGCGCACGGGCCCCGCCGCUCCGCGGCACGUGGGAUCCUCCCGGACCGGGGCACGAACCUGUGUCCCCUGCAUCGGCAGGGGGACUCUCAACCACUGCGCCACCAGGGAAGCCCCAUGUUGUGAUUUUUUAAAUACCACUUCCCACAUG